GAAUUUAUUUUAGCUCUCCGUCACUUCGCUAAAACCCUACUCUUCCUUCUACCUUAAUUCUCCACACCAAUGUCUUCCAACGCAGAACACGUCGCCGCCGCCACACCUUCAAGGGUGAGUAAGCCCACCAUAGAGGCGGGCGUAAGCGCCCUGUUGAAACACAAAGCCGCCCAAUCCGUCAACGAGAAGCCCCAAUUACUGCCGCAAGAUGAUUAUUUCUACCUUAACCUCACCCUAAAGAAAAUCCCAUCAAACCCUCGCACGAAUCCCUACAGAAUCCCACUUCCGAACCCCGUUUUGGACGCCGUCAACUCGGAGGUAUGUUUAAUCGUGGACGACCGGCCGCGAACGACGACGCCGCCGUCGGAUGAAAUCAAAAAAUUGAUUAAAUCUCAGAACAUACCGAUUUCAAAAGUAAUAAAGUUGUCGAAGCUGAGGGCGAACUACAAGCCCUUCGAGGCAAGGAGGAAGCUUUGCAAUAGCUACGACAUGUUCUUGGUUGAUAAGAGGAUUGUUCAUUUGUUGCCUAAGUUGAUAGGGAAGGAGUUCUUCAGGAAAAAGAAGCUGCCUUUAGGGAUGGAUUUGAGAAAAAAGAAUUUAAAGUUGCAGGUGGAGAGGGUUUUAGGGAGUGCUUUGUUGUUUAUUGGGACGGGGACCUGUUCCGUGCUCAAGGUUGGUAAGGUGGAGAUGGAGAAGGAUGAGAUUGUGGAUAAUGUGUUGGACGCCAUCAAGGGAGUGAUUGAGAGGGUGCCUAAGAAAUGGGAUGGUGUGAGGAGCUUGCACUUGAAGUUCUCUGAUUCGGUGGCUUUGCCGAUUUACCAGGCCAUGCCGGAUGUCAGGUUGAAGAUUGAGGGAUUGAAGGACAAAAAGGAAGAGGGAGGUGAGGUGACUGAAAUUAGUGAUAAUGACAGUGCUAAGAGUGGGAAGAAGAAGCAGAAGCAGAAGGGGAGGAUUCAUGAGGUUCGAUAUAUGGAUGCUGGUGAGGAUGUGGAUAGUGAUGUGGAUGAUUUGGAUGAGAGCGAGGUUGCUGAAUUUCUGCAGAAGAAGGGUAUUAGUGAUGAUGAUGAGAACAAGAAGACGGAGAGUGAGGGGAAGAAAAUGCGCAAGAAGAAGACGGAGAGUGUGGGGAAGAAAAGGCGCAAGAGUGAUGAUGAGAACAAGAAGAGCAAGAAGAUGGAGAGUGAGGGGAAGAAAAUGCGCAAGAGUAAAACUAUCAAGGAAUAACUAUCAAGGAAUGUAUCUCAUGAUAUUUGAAUGGAAAGAAGCCGGGCAAGAGUAAAACUAUCAAGUAAUGUGUCUCGAGAGAUUUGAAUUGAAUGGAAAGAAGCUGACUUUUGAUUUUUCAUUAAACAUAUGUAUUCGAAUUAUCCAGUCUUUUAAAUUUUUAUGCCUUAUAUACGUGGGUAGUUGUUUAUGUCUUCUCUUGGAUUGUUAUAUAUGUGGCUUGUUGUUUA